UUAAGUGAAACAGCAACGAAAUAAGAAUAGGAACCAGUAAAAAGAAACAUGUAAACAUGAACGAAAAAGAAACAUUAGGAUGUAGAGAAAUUUUAGAAAAUAUACAGACAGAAGAACUACUUUCACUAACUGAUACAGUUACAAAGAAACUAAUUAAAGUUACUACACGAUCAGAGGCAAUAUCAGCUAUAUUGACUUAUUCUCAGUCAUCAUGUGAAUUGUUGAAGAGGAAGAAAAUCAAAAGGGAUCUAUUGUUUAAGUAUUUGGUAGAUAAAGGCAUAGUUGUAUCUGUCAGUUCAGACAAAAGGACAAUUAUUGAAAGACUGUUAAAGAUAUGGGGAACCAAAAAUAUAUCAGCUUUAAUGACGCAUUACGACGAAGAUAUGCCAUCAAGCUCAUCAUGUGAGAAUUUUUCUGAACCUAAAAAAAAUCAAGUUAUGAUACCACAAGUAAACAGUACAGAAUUGACUCCUUCACCAGGGGCAAGUAACUAUAGCAAUGCUUGUGAGUCUGCAAGUUCAAAUGCAAAUGACCUCCAGCUUUUAGGAGAAACCUUUGCCAGAUGGUUCUAUAAAGUUUUAAACUCUCAAAACCCUCAUAUGGGGAUUAGUGCAGAAGAAUUUGGUCCAUGUCAUUUCUGGGAUGAAGCAAAGUUAAUGUUAUUAAUAGUAACAGAUGAUCAGUCAACAAAAGAUGAAUUGACAGGAUCACAAUUAGUUUCCGAUAGACUCCUUGUGUUUACUAAAAGUGAAUAUUUGUUAUUUAAUCCAAAUAUAAGCCGUGAUGGAGUAUUUGUUAAGUCUGAGCGCCAUGGAAUGGUAGUUGUGCUAGUAUGUGGAACAAUUCAUAGACAAAAUCAACAUUUAGGUGUGUUUGAUCAAAUGUUUGGAUUGGUGAAAGAUCCUAGAUUCAAUGACAAUUAUAAAAUAAAGCUGACUAAAUUAAAACUUCAUAACAUCAAUGUUGAUCAUGUACCUGCACUUAAAGAUAGACCUGAAAGUGAAAUUAAAGAUUUGAUAGCAGUAUAAUAUUACAUGUAAUGAAUGUCAAUUUAUAAAUGAAUUUUGUGGUAUAAAAGAAGAAUGUUCAAAACUUUGCAGACAUAUUAAAAGAAAAGUGACUAUUUGUGUUAAGUAUAUAAUGCAUGCCAAAAAGAUUGAAAAUAAUAAUGCAGAGCCUUUAAAUUUUAUUCAAAAGUCCAUAAUUCUGUUUUAUAGAAUAUUGUGAAUAAACUUAAGCAUUUUC